UGCAUUGGGAUUCGAAAGUGACCUUGGUACAAAAAUUUGAUUUGCACGGAUUCGAAACCGGGACCUCCGCGCCAGCUUGCAACUAUUUCGAUGGAAGCAGGGAGUUCCUUUAUAUGCGAUGGCGGAGGAGAAUUAUGAUAUGCAGAGAGAGAUACACAGUGAGUGUGUGUUUGGAUUGGCGUUGAGAUAUUCAGUGAAUAUGUCCUUCAAUUUAGGGCUCCGUGAUGGAGUGGGGCAAUUGCAGCAUCUGCAGCAACUGCAGCGGAUCAUGCCUCCUCUGUUCUCUCCAAUGGAUGGAUUGCACAAGAGAUCGUCGCUACCUGCUCUGUCUGCUGAGGCGUUUUACGGUAGGGGUUUGAGUUUAUAUGACAAUAGUUUGUAUGAAGAAAGCAGCAGCUUGUGUAAUGAGAAUGAGGAGGAAGGCAGUGGAGGACAUGUGGAGAAGAAGAGGAGGCUGAGCGGGGAGCAAGUAAAAUCAUUGGAGAUGAACUUUCGUGUGGAGAGCAAAUUGGAGCCAGAAAGAAAGAUGCAGCUGGCUGCCGAAUUAGGGCUUCAGCCCAGGCAAGUGGCCGUUUGGUUUCAGAAUAGGAGAGCAAGGUGGAAGACCAAGCAGCUGGAACAAGAGUAUGAGCUGCUCAAGAAGCAAUACAAUGCCGUGAUUUCUGAAAAGGACAAGCUACUGGCAGAGGUUGCAAGGCUGAAGCAGGAGCUUAAAGACGCAGGAAAACGCGAGACGGAAGAAGAGGAGCAAGAAAAUGAUAAAGAUCAGCCCGCCGUUACAGUUACCUCCUCUGACUGCUGCAAUAGCGAAGACACCGCAAUAUUAAUCAGGCCUCAAAACAAUAACAACAUAGAAGAAGAAACACAGCAAAUUGUUGGCAACGACAAAGCUGAAGAAGGUACUGAACAGAUCUUGAGUCCAGCCAGCUUUUGCAGUCACGCAGAUUCAAACCCUCGACAAAUGAACAGCCAAGACAACAGAGAUAAACUUCAAAGCCUACUCUAUCCGCAUAACUACUGCGAAAAUCUGUAUUACCAUGACUCUCCAAUAAUUGCGGAGGAGCACCACUGGCUUACAUUCUGUUCACAUACCAAACCGUAAGCGGUGAGUUAAAUAGUUUAUCGAAGCAUCUAUAGUUAUCUAUAUACACACGUAUAUAUGAGCAACAGUAUAUCGCUACAUACGAGUACGGAUACAAUGUGUACUGUAUACGCGAAAUGUGUUAGUGUAUAUGGGCGCUCGCUUUAUAAUAGUAAAGCACCCAUUCCACUAGAGUUUGUCCACAGCAAUUUGAAUGGCAUGAUGGCUAGAAAUUCGAAGUUGCCCCUGUUUUGUUUAGUUUAAAAACAAAUUAAAACAUGCAUUUCAAUGAUGUGUUUUAAGAGGUUUUAGAAAUUAAUUUGGUCCCCCAAAAAAAGUCAUUAGAGGUUUAA